GAGUGGCGGCGGGAAACUGGGGGAGGGGUGAGGAUGGAGGGAGACCGGGCCGGGAGGCUGUGUCAGGCUGGGCCCGCGGGCCUCGGCGGGGCCGAGCGGAAAGGAGGACGGCGGUGGGGACCGUGCCCUGUCUUCCGCCCCGCCCCUUGGGACCACCUCCAUUCCCCCCUGCUGCCCGGUCGCGGCUGCCUGGCCCGGGUCUGGUAGUUGGGCUCACUGAGGCCGCCCUUUCAGCCCUCCGGUCUCCCGACCCGCGGAGAGGCCAUCUCCCCGCGGUCACAGCACGGCCUCCUUCUACAUCCCACUCUACUUUUCCAAAGAGAGAAGGCCGGUUGGGAUCGCGGGAGUUUCCCGCCAGAGCAGGGUCCCCGGGAGGAAGAGCUGUUCUCUACGAGGAAGUUGAGCUGUCGCUCCCACCUGCUUCGCCUCUCUUCUUCCUUGAAACCUGAAUGCUACUCCUCGCCUACCGAGUCUCACGUAAAACAAUUCUCCAACUCUUUUUACCCUGUGAUAAUUCCCUGGGAUGUGAUAUUGCUAGAGCCACCACCAGAGAGAAACGUCUGGACCCUUCUGCAUAGGUUAUGAAAACCCCCUUAACUGCCGCCGUCUCCUUACCUGGCUCAUCGCCUCUUGGAUUCUGUGUCUUUACUAAAGCCAGUGAUGUGAAGAGACCUGAAAUGGAUGACACAGCUGAUGGGGUGAAGAUGGACGCUGGGGAGGUGACCUUAGUGAACCACGGCUCCACUUUCAGAACCCACCGCCCGCCACAGUCAGGCUUUCCAGAGGAGCAGCUUCUGCUUUCUGACCAGCAGAGCUUGCCUUUCAGGCAGGGUACUUUAGAUGGAUCUUUCACGUGUUCUACAAGAAGCCCAGCCUAUCGUCCAGAUUAUCACUCAGGCCCAGGCCUGGGAGUGCUUGCAAGAUAUAGUUGGGGUAAAAUGUUGACUUUUGGUGGACACCACGGAGUCACAUUGAUGCAGAUAAGGCACAUGGCUGUGGCAGGCUUCAGCUCCUUCAUCAAUUUUCAGAUAACCCUUCCUCAGACAGUUUCCUUGGCUCAGGUGACGUAAGAACCUUUGGUCAAAGUGCAAAUGGACAAUGGAGAAAUUCCACUCCAGCGUCAGGCUCAGCGCCACAAAAACCAAGAAAUAGCCGAAGUCUUUGCCUCGAAACCCGGAAGACCUCAAGUGGAUUAUCAAACACCUUUGUGGGCAAGUCCAAUCACCACUGCCACAUGUCUGCGUAUGAAAAGUCAUUUCCCAUUAAGCCUGCCCCAAGUCCAUCCUGGAGUGGGUCAUGUCGUCGGAGUCUUUUAAGCCCUAAGAAAACUCAGAGGCGACAUUUCAGCACAGCAGAAGAGACAGUUCAAGAAGAAGAGAAGGAGAUCUACAGACAGCUGCUGCAGAUGGUCACAGGGAAGCAGUUCUGUGUAGCGAAACCCACCACACAUUUUCCGUUACGCCUGUCUCGGUGUCUUAGUUCCAAUAAGAACUCUUUGAAAGACUCGCUGUUGAGAAACGGAAACUCUUGUGCAUCUCAUGUCAUUGGUUCUGAUACGUCAUCCUCUGGAUCUGCCAGCAUUUUAACUGCACAGGAGCAGUUGUCCCACAGUGCACAUUCCCUGUCAUCUGGUACCCCAGAUGUUGCCUUUGGAUCCAAAGACUCUGAUCCUCACCAUCACCUCGCUGCACCUCAUCAGCCAAAUAGCUUACCAGCAUCAAAUACACAGUCCGAAGGGUCAGACUCUGUGAUUUUACUUAAAGUGAAAGAAUCUCAGACUCCAGCUUCCAGAUACCUCAGUCCAUUGAAGAGACGUUCUUGCCCCUACAUUAUUCCUUAUUCAGCAGUCAUGGAUCUGCUCUCUAGCAGCCCUACGUUCUUCCAGGCAGAGCUAUGGAUCAAAGAAUUAACUAGCGUUUAUGACUCUCGAGCUCGGGAAAGAUUGCGCCGGAUUGAAGAGCAGAAAGCAUUGGCACUACAGCUUCAAAACCAGCGACUGCAGGAGCAGGAACAUGCAGUACUUGACUCCGUAGAGCUUCACCUUCGUGUGCCUCUUGAAAAGGAGAUUCCUGUCACAGCUGCCCAAGAAACCAGGAAAAAAAGCCACCAGCUGACUGACAGUGAAGACGAAUUUCCUGAAAUUACAGAGGAAAUGGAAAAAGAAAUAAAGAAUGUAUUUCGUAACGGUAACCAGGAUGAAGUCCUCAGUGAGGCAUUCCGCUUGACCAUUACACGCAAAGACAUUCAGACUCUAAACCAUCUAAACUGGCUCAAUGAUGAGAUCAUCAAUUUCUACAUGAACAUGCUAAUGGAACGCAGUAAAGAGAAGGGGUUUCCAAGUGUACAUGCGUUUAAUACCUUCUUCUUCACUAAGCUAAAAACAGCUGGUUAUCAGGCAGUGAAACGCUGGACAAAGAAGGUGGAUGUAUUCUCCGUUGAUAUUCUUCUGGUGCCCAUUCACUUGGGUGUGCACUGGUGUCUAGCUGUUGUAGACUUUAGAAGGAAGAGUAUCACCUACUAUGAUUCUAUGGGUGGAAUAAACAACGAGGCCUGCAGGAUCCUCUUGCAAUACCUAAAACAAGAAAGUGUUGACAAGAAAAGGAAAGAGUUUGACACCAACGGCUGGCAGCUCUUCAGCAAGAAGAGCCAGGAAAUCCCACAGCAGAUGAAUGGGAGUGACUGUGGAAUGUUUGCUUGCAAAUAUGCUGACUGCAUUACCAAAGACAGACCAAUCAACUUCACACAGCAACACAUGCCAUAUUUCCGAAAGCGAAUGGUCUGGGAGAUCCUCCACCGGAAGCUCUUGUGAAGAUUCUCAGUGAGCAGACACUGAGCGUGUGGGGGACCAACCUUUGCCAUCGACAGCCGGAGACCUUGGAAAGAGCUGCUCCUCCCUCCCCUGUUCUUGUACAGCCCUUGACCCUGGACCAGGCCCGGCGAGAUGCAUUCACAAGCACAUCUGCCUUCCCUUUUGUAGCUCAGAUCCUAUUUUUGCAAAGAAACUUUGGUGCUGUGAAGGGGUGAGGGAACAUCCCUCCUGAAGAGACUGCUUUUCACUUCAGCUCUGCCGUCUUCUUUUCCAAGGGCUCCCGCUCACUGAGUCCCUCACUAGGAGCCCAAGAGAGCCUCGGGAAGAAUCUCGGUUUCCUGUAAACCCUUGUUGCUCGGCCUUACCGAGAAGCAGGAAAGAGCAUGGGCAGCAGGUAGGGGUAAAACCACCAGCAUGUAGGACACACAUCCCCAAGACGCAGAGUCGGCAAUGGAGCUGCUUAAGUCCCUCCUCCAGGACCUUCCUAUUUAUGUGCCCUCCAUGACCGACUGCUUCUCCUCCAAGCUGUUUCUUCACUGGUAGCGUCAUCCCAUCCUAAGCACACUACACAAGCCCUGGCAGACCCUAAAGUCUCGAGCAGUCCGUUCCUUACAAGCAGGGCUGCAUGUGCGAGCACGCACGUGCUGUGGGAGGGCCCCCAGAAGUACUGAGCGCAGCAGCCGGGCCCCAGCUUCAGUGCUGCCUGCUUCUGACCAAGAAGAAGGACCUUGGCGGUUAGCAUCACACGCCAGAGUAGGAUGAAUACAGGUCUAGGUGGUCUGUGGCUAGUUAGUUUAAAUAUGCUUCUAGCCUCAGAGAGUUUUAUAUACAUAUAUGCCUAUAUGUGUGUAUACAUACAUAUAUACACACACACACACAAUGUGAAAUAUAUAUUUCACAGGGAUAUGUUUUUAAAAGUUAAAAAAAAAAAAAAGACUGAAUGUGUUUACCAUUUAGUCUGUAGGUUUAUUUUCAUCUUUCAAAUUCCAGCACACAGUGAUCCCAGCAAGCCCUGUGUAUCGGGCCUUUGUAGAUUUCCUAAGAGUGUUUUGAGACCUGGAUGAAUCUGGUUUAGGAGUAAAGGUUAUCAAGGUAAAUGAUGCUGUCAGCUGAAGAUGGGGUGAAUUAGACAGGUAAACUUGAGGUUUUUAAACUGCUCUUUGUUGUUGUUUGUAGCACCUCUCCCCCUGCCCAUCUCAGAGCUCCUGAGGUGAGAUGGUGAGGGGACACAGUGCCAGUGUCGUUUUGUACUUAAGUUCCACAACAGGGACGUUUUUCUACUUUGUGUAUGGUGGCCGGUAGUUUUCUAUGCAGUCUUCUCCCCGAUUCCCUGCGCCCAGCCCUGCCAGCACUGUGCUCUCUCUCCUUGGGCUUAUUUGGAAAUUUUACUCUGUUUUAUACCAAUCUUGUUUAGUACAUUUUUCUAUGUUUUACCACAAGUCACAAUUUGAAAACAACAACUAUUUUUUUUACUACUCCAUUGUUAAAUGAAUGUUACCGUCUCCACUCCAGCAGCCUGUGCCCCUCUUGCCUCCCCCUGCAUGUUGGGGAUGAGGGCCACUGUCCAUGUGUGUCUCCUUCUCUCGCUGCCUCUCCUUCCCCCUCUCCUCCCUUUCUUUUUCUCUUGGUUUCCCAUAGGAAAUAAAUAGCUUUCUAUAUGAGUUGCGGGCCCUUUCACAGUCUCUUUUAGAAAACUGGCGUGCAGACUCAGCACAGGACUCAAGGAUGUUGUCUGCUUCUCAGUCCUUAAUGUAUUUAGGUGACAGCUUACACGGUGGCAGUGUGACUACUUAGUCUAAAGGCGUCCCUCUCAGGCUUUUCUCACUGUUGUCUGAGGCUCAUCACAGGAUACGUUUCUGUGUUUAUUGUUUGUUCCUUUAGACAAUAUCUGCUAUAUCUUCCUCAGAGACUUUUUGUAUGGACCAAAGCAACAAAUAUUUAUUGCCAUGAAUACAAGAAUAUGAGACAUGCAACAGAAGCACUUUGUAAAAUAGGUAGAAUUGUUGAGCCAGUCUGGAGUUGGCUCCCUUCUCCAAUGCAGUUUAAACGUCCCAGGUAAAAGCUAGUGAUCCUAAGACCACUGUCCACCCCGGAGCAAGAGGAUAAGUCAGACUGGGACGGGGUGGCCUCAUGGGAACCAAGUACAGACUUGUAGACUGUCCUUAGAGUCAGCCAACAGGAGCAGGACAAGUGUCGGAAACUUCAAGAGGGAACUCUGAUGACCAAGACUGAAGCUGUUUUUGUAUUUCAUGGCCAAGGGUAUGCUACAGACUAUGCCUGUUGUUUUCCAUCUGUCUCUUUUUCCCCUGACAACAUCUCCCUGAUGCUGAUAAUCAUCUCCCUCCCCUGUAAAAGGAAUAUGUGAAGGAUGAUAGCUUAGCAGUUACAGACUUUUCAACAAAACCCCCAGUCCUCCAGCAGUCAUCCCUGGAGUGUACCCAGAGAAAAUGACACUGCUUCUGCCCUUUUGAGAACAUGUGCUAUGAUGUAUGGAAGCUGGCUACAUCCAUUUGAUCACUUGAGACCCACUGUGACCCCCAGGAGUCCUGUGUAGGGUUCAGUGUGAGUACUUGAACAUAGAUAGCCUAGAGACUCGCUGUCAGUUCACUCUUCUGUGUGUGAGGAGUACGUCCUCCUAUUCUUUAGACUGCCCUCAGCACUGCUUUAGCAUUUAGUGGUUCAAGGGGACAGCAGAUCACCACCACCUGGUUUAUACACCCAUGGUAUGAACAAUCAUUACUGGAUGGAAAGAGAGAGAGAGAGAGAGAGAGAGAGUUCGUUAAAGAGCUGCUUUUUGUUUAAAUCUUAACCUCUGAUCUUUCUGUGUCAUCCUCCAAGCUCUGAAAGAAGGUCAGAGUAAAAACGGCGGACAUUGUGUUUCGUUCUGUCUUCCCUUGCUCUACUCUCGUGCCCAAUGCCAGGUGGAGUGAGGUGCUCUGCGUUACUGUCGAAGGUCAGUGUCAGCACCGCCUUGGUUGUAGCAUCAAGGCUGCACGAGCCUUGCUAAAUGCAGCAUGCCUAGAUGUGCCCUGGCCUUGUGUCUGGGCUGGGGAAUGGCUGAUGAUGAUGUGGUGACGCUAGAGACUGCCUUCCCCUCGACAGAGCCAGCUGCUAGGAAGGGCUAAUGUGGGAGAAUGGUCCCCAAGAGCACAGGCUCCAUUCUGCUCAGGCAUUCAGUCUAAUCCUUGUCCAAGUACCCACUCAGUGUGUGUGCACCCAGGGCUGAUUAAAGCUCUCCCUGGUCACACUACCUUAAAAUCUCUUGUCUGGACUUCUGUAGUCCUGAUGAUAGAAUGGCCUAACUUCUCCCUGUUUGUCUUGUCUGCCUUCUCAUAGGGGGCACAGCAUGGAGAUGCCAAGGCCAGGAGGCUGGGUUGGUGCUGUUUUUCUAGCCAAGAGUGCAAGCGUCUAUAUUCUCAUCUGAAAAGAACAAGGCAGGGCUCGUUCUAUGAAACAUUUCUUAAGAAGAAUAGUGUUGUGAGGGUGUGAGGAGAAUUGGUUAUUUGUCAUAACUUCCAAACACUGUAGGCUCAGAGCAGCCAUUCCGACCUCAAACAGGGCUCUUUAACAGAAGCACCGUCCUCAUCAGUAGGUCAUGUUGCCAUUUGGGGCUCUCGGGCUACACCCCAAGAGGCUUAUCAGAACAUCUUUUUAACCCCUUAGGUAGUUCCUCCUCCGUCCUUUUUAUUGACAGGGAUAUCCCUUGCACAUUCAGAUGAUGGCUUCCUUUCUCUUUGUCUUGUCCUGUAAAGGCACUGCCUUACCUGUAACUCACGGGGAAUCCUCUGUCUGAAGACUUGAUAAGUGUGAGAGGUCAAGCCCUGGACUUGGGAGCCCUGGAGGGUGAGAAAGGUGGGUUAACAAAGGAAGUAAAAGCCACCUGUCCUCAGGGUCUUACAGUCUGUAAGUUUAUAGUUUGCCUGAUUUGGAAGGCUAAGCAAACACAGAUACACCUUGUCAAGAAAGAAUGCGGGCUCAUUAGCACACAGUUCAGAAUGAAGCUGGAGUGGAGGAAAGGACUGAGGUGGAGAUGUGUCAGGGAUGAUCUCGCCUUUAUCUGUAUAUGUGACUCCCUAGGUUUUUUUUUUUUAAUUGAUUUAUUUAAAAUAAAUUCUGUGGAUUUUGCUUCUGUGCUUUGACUGGGAA